UCCUCCUCUUCAUCUGCCCCCCUCCUCGUCGUUGCUCGUCCGGCUCUCAGGUAGACCGCCGCCAUGUCCGACAACUCCACCGACUCGGGCAACUCCACCGACUCUGGCGUCCCCGACCUUUCCGACAUCCUUCCGCCCUACCUUAACCUCCCUCCUCACCUCUCCGCCCAGAAGUACUUCUUCGUAUGUACGCUGACCGUCGCCGCAUGGGACACGCUCGUGUUGUCUCCCCGCACAUGGCGACUCCUCCGCACCAAGGAAUGGCCUCCAUUGAAGAUCCUCUUCCAUUUCCUCCGUCUCUUCAUGCCGGUGGAGUUCACUAUCGUUGGCGUUGCAUUCUUUGACACCAAGUGGUCGCAAGCACAAUGCUCUCACUUCUUCCUCUUCGAGCCUAUCUGCACGGCCAUCCUUCUCGCCGCCUGCUCCAUCGUUCAUGUCAUCCGCAUUCACGCUAUCUACGAGAAGAACAGGAAUAUCCUCUACAGCAUGGGUGGUCUGCUCGCGUUCCAAGUUGUCAUCACCGCCAUCUGUUGCGGAUUCUACCGGUCAACACCACUUCUUGAAGGCCAAGGCUGCAUCGCAGAGCCCAAGGCUAAUUGGGUCGGCAUUUACUGGCUAUCUGCAACCCUCACGUACACCGCCUCGUUCGCCCUCGCAGUGCAGCGCUCUCUCCGCUCGCUCAAGAUCAAGCCUCUCUCGUACUGGAAGCUCAUGCUCCGCGACGGCCUGAACCUGUACGGCGCGAUCUGGAUCGUCAACAUGGUCAACAUGCUCUUCUGGUUCAUCAUCAAGCCCACGGGCCCCGACGACCCCAUCCGCACCAUCGUCACCUCGAUGGCCGCCGUCCUGACCGCGUCGAUGACCAUGCGCAUCAUCCUCGCCGUCCGAGGCUCGCUCGCCAACGGCGGCUCGUUCGCCGUCUCGUCCACGAGCAACCCUAGCCGCUCCGGCAACACGACGCACGUCAUCUCCGCGAGCCGCCCCGCCGGCCAGCCGCCGGUCAACCCCGUCCUGUCGCUCCGGGGGCCCACGGAGCCCGCGUACGCCGUGCCGCUCGACCAUGCGGACAAGGUCGGCGCCGACUGGGACGGCAAGAGCUCCGUGGGCGGGCGCGACCAGAAGGUCACGGAGAUCUACCCCACGGACUCGCCCAUCAACCAUACCGGCGUCCAGGUCACCGUCGAGACAGAGAACGACAUCACGUUCGAGAAGGAGAAGAACUGAGCGCUGCGUCUGUUGCUGCUCUUUCUAUCUCUAUGGGCUACUGCGUUCCUCUGUCUCCGUAAGCUUAUAUCCGGGAUAUAGAUGAUGGAGGAUGGAUGGAAGGAAUCCUUGGGGCCGCAAAAGGAGGGGACGAUGCAAAGUGCACAUGAGCGUUGUCGUCGCUGACGAUCGUCUCUGCGCCCCGCUGCUCUAUUUAUUUCUUGGUCAUGUCGCUCGUCCCUCGCCACCGAUGUCCACGUCAGCGCCGCCGUCGACCGUUGCCGCCCUUCGUUACGCCCUGCUCCGUUGCUGCAAUAUACGCCCGUGUUGACUGUCUUUGUGCCUUGCUAUGUACGUGCUACGAGACCUGCGGCCUGAAGCUUUCUACCUACGUCCGUUUCCGUACCGCUAUCUCUAAGAGCUCUGUUAUUUUUGGUUCCUACCCCCCGUUGCGUGGCGCGGGGACGCGAGUGACUGGCUAGUGCCCUCUUUCUGUGCGUGCUUGCUAAGUGUCUGUCUGUAGUACCACUCGGCGGUGUAAUAUAUCCUUAUACAUAUAGAAGAAGCUGAUCCUGCGAGCCUGCGGGUCAAGUCAACA